CAGUGCCACUCUUACAUUGUUGUCUGUGAAGUAUGGUGUGUUCUAUCCUUAUCUGAUUUCAUUGCUGAGGAAUCUGCGUCUUCUUAACGUCCAACGACGUAUGUGAAUUGUCUGGAGGCACGUGGGAAACACAAGGGACAAGAGGGCAGAUGCAGAAGAGAAGAUGAGGAAAGAGGAAUUCUUCAUCUUCAUCGUCCUUCAGAUCAUCCUACCUAGGGGGCAGACGUCUGUACUGAACGCCACUGCUGCAUCUUCACUGGCCCCAUCAUCAGUCAAUUCUACUGUUAACACGUCUCGCAAGGGAUGCGAGUUUAACGGGCAGAGUUACAGCCACGCCGAGCGGCUCCCUGGGUGCUUCAAGGUAUACUGCAUACAAGGACAAUGGCUCCAGAAAGGAUACAUCGACUGGAAUUGCACGUUCUGCAGUGCUUACUGGGGCUCUCACUUGGUGACGUUCGACGGGUGGUUCUACGAUUACCAGGGGACCUGUGAAUACUCUCUGGCUCAAGAAGGCACUUCCAGAACGCCUCGAUAUGCAGUCAGCGCCAAGUUCAUCGAGUGUUGGGGGAGAGCAUCUUGUGUGGGACCGAGUGUUUUCCAGGACAGUGAGGCGACUCUCAUCGAAAUGGGCGCUUUUGGACGGCAGGUGCCAGAUUUGUACAAGCUUACAGUAAAUGGCGCACUGUACGAGAUUCCCGACUAUAUUCCAAGACUGGUGAGAGAAGGAAGCAAGGACCACCCGGUUUUUGCCUGGAGGUACAACAGCUGUAUUCGCCUACUCGGAUCGAGUAGAAUCGCAGUGGAAAAAUGUGGAUCGUCUCUGGCGAUCUGGGCAUCUCCCGACUUCCACGGGUCUUUGUACGGUCUGUGUGGAUUCUACGACGGCAAAACCGUCAAUGACUUCACAAAAAGAGAUCGAACUGUAUCCUCACUGGAACGGUUCCCAAAUGGGGAACAUUUCCCGAGCUCAUGGGAGCUCAGCUGUUCCACUAACAUCAGCCAGAGUCACGUGAUAAGCACCGCCGAGGAUGGAGUAAGGGACAAAAAUUGCACUAUGAACGGAAACGGGGAUGAGCUACGUAACAGAUGUAGAGAAACUGUUGGCAGCGUGCAAGAUCUACUGACGAAGGACACGAUAGCAGUCCUAUUGGACAAUUGCGUAUUUGAUCUCUGUUCCAUUUUCAAAAAUGCCUCCGGUGACCUGGAUGCCAUCAGCUCGUGGUUUAGUGAAAUUGAAACAUCCAUAGCUGAAAUAAGCGACGUUGCCAAUAAAACCACAGGCCUUGAUGACAUCUUGCCUGAGCCUCUUGUGGAUGACGAACUGGAAACCACCUCUGACGACGCAGAAUCGAGCACCAAUUCAGUUCAGCCAGUUGCAGCAGUGUCUCCGCGGUCGAAUGGCAAUCUUGCUGAUUCAGGCAAGGAUAAUUUUCAUCAUUCAUUUUUUCAUUAUUCUGACCACUUAAAGGCGCUGCCGUGUCUCUGUCGAACUUGAAAGGAAAUUAAGCAUCUUAUGGUUAAUCGAGCAGAGUGAGGUUACAGCUAAGGCUGAAAAGGGCAUGACUCUAGCAACUUUUCAUCAGCGAAGAUUUGCUUUGUAGAAGAAGCAUGGCACCUUCAAAAGACAUUCCCUCUCCUUCUCUUGCAGUCACGUUUUGUUUAACUGGCAGAGUACCUGUGUCUGUGUGACAGAAAGGUAAUUUCAG